AGCGCCCUGUGAGCGGCGUCCGUUGCCAUGAGGGGCCGGGCGAGCGGCGGGGCUCCCGCUGUCCCGGCGGAGGAUGGGGCACCCGGGACCGCGCCUCUGCAAGUUUUGGGAUUUUUUUAUUUUUGGCGGUAGCAGUGGCUGACACCCCGGGUGAAGUGCCGGGGGAGGUUGCGCGUGUGCUGGUUUAAUCAGAAACGAAAGAAUUAAACCCAAAUACUGGAGAAAUUUUAAGUUCUUGGUCUAUUUCCAUAAGCUCUUUAAGAGUCUUAACCGCGAGGGCACGGCUGGGAGAAGGCAGGAAUGGCGUUGGAGAAACAAACCGCCCGAGUCCCCGGUGCUUCCCGGUGCGGGGAGCUCCCGCACGGCCGGGCUGCUCGCACUGACAAAGCGCCGGUGUCCCGGCUCUGUGCCGCUGCUCUGAGCCGGGGGCGGCAGCGGUGUUCGCGGGGGCCGCGUCGCAGGUGUCUGUGACAAGCGGGGUGUGGCGGCGUUCCGAGGCGCGCCCCGCCCGCCCGGGCUCUGCCCGCUCGCGGGUCAGGAUCGGGUUUCCUCCGGCCGGGCCGGCCACGGGGGAGGAAGGUUCCCGGGGCGGGCUACGCCGGGGCGGCCGCCGCCCCGGCCCCCUCCCCGACCCCCUCCCCGACCCCGCCUGCUGGGCCCGCGGCCGUGGGCAGCGCCGGCGGCGGGAGGGGGCGCGUCCCUGCGCCACAAGCCGGAGCCGCGGCGGCAGAGCGGAGCGGAGCGGAGCGGCAGGUGCGGCGGCUGCGGCUAGAGUCGGCGGGUCCGUGUGUCCCCGCGCUGCUCUCCCGCCGGCAGCAUGAAGGUCGAGUUUGCCCCCAUCAACAUCCCCCUAAAGAGGAGGAUGCAGACAGUCGCCGUGCUGCAGUGGAUCUUCUCCUUCCUCCUGCUGGCAGAGUUUUGCUGUGGACUCUUCGUGAUCCUGAUCCUGGGCAGGUUCUGGUUCCUCGCUGUUCUGUACCUGCUGUGGCUCUACCUUGACUGGGAAACACCAAGCACAGGGGGCAGACGGUCCCAGUGGGUCAGAGGCUGGACUGUUUGGAAGUACUUUAGGGAAUACUUUCCCAUUCACCUUAUAAAAACCUCAGAUCUGAAUCCAAGUUACAACUACUUACUUGGCUUUCAUCCUCAUGGGGUCCUGGUAGCUGGAGCAUUUGGAAACUUUUGCACCGGUCCAAGUUUCAAAAAUUUAUUUCCUGGGCUUACUCCGUAUCUUCAUAUCAUGCCCAUCUGGUUCAGUUGUCCCUUCUUCAGAGAAUACGUAAUGAGUGCUGGAAUGGUUUCUGCAUCCAAGGAGAGUGUCUCGUAUGUGCUGAAUAAUGAAGGAGGUGGCCAUGCAUCGGUCAUUGUGAUCGGAGGAGCAGAGGAAUCCCUGAAUGCACAUCCUGGAAGUUUAACUUUGAACAUCCUCAAGAGGAAGGGCUUUAUUAAAAUGGCCUUGAAACAUGGGGCUCAUCUGGUCCCAGUGUUUUCCUUUGGUGAAAAUGAACUAUUCAAGCAAGUUGCAAACCCCAAAGGUUCAUGGCUCAGAAAUGUACAGGAGAAGUUGCAAAAGAAAAUGGGCUUUGCUUUACCACUAUUUCAUGCUAGAGGGAUAUUUCAAUACAGUUUUGGCUUAAUACCUUACAGGCAACCUAUUCAUACUGUUGUGGGAAGCCCCAUCCAUGUGAAACAGAACUUGAACCCCACCACUGAAGAGAUUGAACAGCUACAUGCAUUGUAUCUGCAGAAACUAAGACAAUUAUUUGAAGAACACAAAAGAAAUUAUGGGAUCCCUGAGCAUAAAUCCCUCGUCUUCGAGUAGCGAAUUACCAUUUGGAAUUCCAAAUCUCGUGGAAGAAAACAGUGUAUGCUGAAAGAUAUCUUUCUUGCAAUCUGUAAUUAUCCUUGUGUAAGGAAUAACUUUAAGAAGGGAUUGUUAGAUGAUUUAUUGAUUUUUAUCUUACUCUUGGGGAAAAACAAAUCCUUAGGGUGUGAGCCUUAAAGCCAGUGCUGUUUUGAGUUGUCCUUUUAGGUUCUUCCGUACCAGAAAUACUAGUGAGAGACUCCACACAGAUGUUCUUACCACUGUGGUACCAAACCGUGGCUUGAGCAGAGGAAAUUGCCCCAGCAUGAGAUCAUGAGCAGGAAAGUAUAAACCUGAGAAGUGUUUGGUUAGAAGUUGAUAGGCUUGCCAGCAUGUAUCAAACAUGACAUCAGAUGAUUCUCUGACUCAGAAAACCUUGCUGCUCUUCCAUAGAAAUGAAGGUCUGUGUUUUCAGCAGAUGGCUGUUAUAAGCCAUUUACAUGUGAAUUGAAAAAUAAAAAGGAGCUUUCUGCCUUGAACAAGAUAUCAGCAAAAGGGGGUUGUUCAAGUUAUGGAGCAGAACAAACCCUGUGAUUGGAGAAGUGUGCUGAGUUUUCUGUGUGCAUGUAUACACUGGGUAGUGGGAAACACUGAACAUUGUGACUUUUUUUGACAAGCUGUGCUUUGGAUCACCAGUUUGGAAGAUGAUGCAGCUUUGUUUGGUAGUGCCAGCCUCAGAGGAGAUGUCAGGCACAGGACGGGAGAAGUGUAUUGAGGAAGCAAGUGAGGCGAUCAUGAUCUUUACACCUUGUGCAAAUUUAUUAUGAUCAUAUGCUCUUCCACAGAAGGAAGGAGAACACAGUUUGUUCAGUCUGGUUCAGAAACAUCACCAAGGAAAGUGUGCUUGAUAAACGCCUUUUCCUUCCCCACUGACAGAUGUGGGGAAGUGUGUGGAAAGCUGUGCUGCAGUGUGACACAGCUGGAACUGCCAGGGCAGCAAGAGCACAGCUGUAGGGGGCAGCAGCUUAAGAGGAUGCUUUUUGUAUAAACCAGGUGCCUAAAUUUGAGAGAAGGUUUAUCCUAAAUGUGAAUAUCCAUUUAAGAAAAGACAAAUUUUAGCUAAACUCGUUUUCAGUUAAAAUGCCCAGGUCUUGGAGAUGGUGUGUGAAGAGAAUUAUAGUAUAUUAUUGAACUUUUACAAGAUAAAUCCUUCCAUUAGUAAAUGCUUUUUAUCUGCACAUGGACUUUGCAGAUCUGGUUUUAUUGGAGUAUUUGAUUUUCUUUAAGCAGUUUUGGUGCUUGAGUAUUACAUCAGCUGGGUGCACAGCCUUGCCAGGCAGCCUGGGGCAUCUGCAGCUGGGUCAGUUCAGCCUCAGGGGCUGCCAGGAAUGGUAGCACUGGAUGGACAAAGGCACUGGACACAUUGUGUGCUUGCUGGGCUGGAGCCUCCUUGAAAGAAAUGCAGAUGGAAUUUUGGGGAAAAAAAUUAAAACUCUGGGAAAAAAAAAAAUCUUUGCAAGAUGAAGAUGCUUAAAAAGUGGAAAUAUCUUGACUCCUACGGAGCGGACCCCUAAUGAACUAAAGCCAACUAAAUAUUCGCUAUACAGAGUAGAUCAAUGUUGAUCUGAUGUGCUCCAGCAACAAGCUGGUUUCCAUAGGAGGGCUGUUCCUCCAAGUGCCCGUCAUUCAGGUGUGACCAGCACUGAGCCACUGAAUCCUGCUCUCACUUCUCUAGGAUGACAGAUAUCUCUGUGGGAGCCGGGGCUCAAAUUCAGAAUGCCUAAAGAAGCAGCCCCCUCUUCCCUGAGAGACUGCCAUCAGUAUGCCCACAAUUCACCUCUACUCGAGCUUUCUUGGUGCCAUGUGUGUGGAUGUUUUACUUCCUCAUCUAUCCCUGGUUUUAGAUCUGUGUUUAGAUCUCUGAAGGACUAUGUAUGCAUACAAAAUAUUGAGUGAUGCCUUACUGUUCAGCAGAAACAGGUUUGAGGAGCAGGGCUUGAGAAGAGGAAGCACUGACUGUGUGUUUCACACAAGUUUAAGAUCAGGAUUGUUUCAGCUCUUGGAAGGACAGUGUCUAGGGAGGUUGAACAUGGCAGGUUUGAUGCCUGGGAAGAUGUCUCCAGCGUCCCAAGCACUGUAGGAACUGAUGAGCACUGAAAAGUCGUUUUUUUCUUAGCCAGUUGUGAGAAAUUUUGCUUGGAUUUGGGUUUUUGCUGCUUGCCUUGAUGAGUAGUGCUGAUUAUUCAUGAUGGAAGAAUUUGUGUCUGUGUCAGAUGGUUCUGUCCUAGAUCAUUUGCUAUAAUGAGAUAUUUCCUCUCAUUCUCAGUCUGCUCUUUUCCCAUUGCCUUAAUGAUAUAGAAGCUCAGGAUGUAAAUUUACAAGCAUUAGUGUUCGGUUGAGCAUAGGAAGUAACAAUGGCUUGUUGUUGAUCAAACCAGCCAAAACUUUGAGGGAAUACAUGAAUACUGAUUUGGGAGCAGUAUCUGGUCCAGAGGGUACCUUACAAACAGGCUUACCUCUGAAUUCCAUGAGAAUAUUACUUAUGGGCUCUGAGUACCAUCCAUAACUGGCACAGUUAGAACAAGUAGGAAUUGUGUUCCUCUGACUACUGAAAUUUUCUUUGCUUUGUAACACAGGAAGAUGGAGGAAAAAAGAAAACAAAAUCUCCAAGCUAUUUAAAUAUAUAUUGUUGCUCAGUAGCUGCUGCAUAUUGCUUAUUGAUGGUCCUUCCAAACUACUACUACAAAUUGUCUAGUGUAUCAAGGACUAUUCUAAAAUGGAAUAUCAGUUUCUCAACCUGAUAGGCUUGGUGUCAUCUAGAAUAUUUACCUCUGUAUUAGCAUGUGGGUUUGUAAAACAGCCCUACAACACUGACCUUAAAGGCCUGAGCCCUGGAAGCUGUAGAGCUGAUGUGGCUGGUGCCUGCACCAAUGCUGCCGCUGCUGCAGCCACAAGGAGCUGAAGUGUCACCAGAGUGUUCUGUUGUGGUUCAUGCUUCACAAAGCAAGAGCAAGCAGCUCGCAGGAAUGGUGAGAACCUCCUUCCCCAGCUGCAGUGAGAAGAAUCGGGUAGUGCUCAGAUUUCUGGUAGGACAUCCACACUUACUGGGCCUGCUUUGUGGUGUGCUUCUCCUUGUGCCUUCUAAUGUCACAGGUAAUCCCAAGGAAGCUGGUCAUCUGUCAGCGAGACGCUGUGCCUGUGUACCAUGCAAACACUGCCUCCCCAGGGCGCUCCAGCUGAUGACGCCUGCCUGCUCCCUUGUGGGCAAACAUCUCUCUGCCGACUGUUGUUUACAGAAAGUUGAUCCUCAAUAAUUUUGGCUUUGUGAACUACAAAGCAUAUUUUACACUUUAACUUUUUAUGGUACUUGUAAAAUACGAAUGUCAGUUGUUUCAGUGAUAGCUGUGGCUGGGAGGUGUGAGAUAAUAAAGGUUUGUACCAAA